ACAAUCACUUCACAGGUGCCGUUCCCAAACGAGUGAACUGUAAUGUGAAGUUAUGAGCGUGAGUGUUGCGCUGAAGUAGUUGCAAAUAAAAUGAUCCUCGUCUACAACAGCACACACGCGCACGCGAGUUCUUGUCGCCAGUAGUUGCUGAAUGGUGUGCCUCUCCUUCCAAAGCCUCAAACCUCAUUACUGUACAGAAUGAGUUUGGGGGAGAUCAAUGAGAAUGUGAAGCUGGCCAGGGAAUAUGCCCUGCUGGGAAACUACAACUCUGCAGUGGUCUGUUAUCAGGGGGUCCUGGAGCAGAUCAGAAAAUACAUGUACUCCUUGAGAGACUCCUCUCUACAGCAGAAAUGGCAACAGGUUUGGCAGGAGAUAAAUGAGGAAACGAAGCAAGUUCGGGAAAUCAUGGCAACACUUGAGAGCUUCCAGCUGGGGUCGACCCCAUCCAAACCCAGCAGUUUUGGCCAGGAGAAUGAUAUUAUGCCUGUUCAUGUGGAACACCGGUCUUCUCCAUGUGUAGUGCGGAAAUCCUCUGGGCCAUAUAAAGACAGCAAAAGCCAUGGUAAUCGGAUAAGUGGUGGCCUUCGUGGUCAGCAGCGGCCUUCACCACGUGUCGUCAACAGUGACAAGGGAAGAUCUCAAAAAGGCAAAGAAAAGAAAGAAAACCCAUCAAAACCUAAAGAUGACAAGAACAAAGCAGAGGGGGUUGAGACAGAGGUGAAGAGGUUUGACCGAGGAGGAGAGGACAAAGACCUGAUUGACACUCUGGAGAGAGACAUCAUCUCCCAAAACCCUAACGUGACGUGGGAUGCCAUUGCUGACCUGGUGGAAGCUAAAAAGCUGUUGAAAGAGGCAGUGGUUCUGCCCAUGUGGAUGCCCGAGUUCUUUAAAGGAAUAAGGCGACCAUGGAAGGGAGUCUUGAUGGUCGGGCCGCCAGGCACAGGAAAGACAUUGCUGGCCAAAGCUGUUGCCACUGAGUGCAGAACUACCUUCUUUAACGUCUCCUCCUCCACCCUCACCUCUAAAUACAGAGGAGAGUCUGAAAAACUUGUACGGCUGCUGUUUGAAAUGGCCCGAUUUUAUGCCCCCACCACUAUCUUCAUUGAUGAGAUAGACUCCAUAUGUGGCCGUAGAGGAACCUCAGAAGAACAUGAAGCCAGCAGACGUGUCAAAGCUGAACUUCUCGUCCAAAUGGAUGGUGUUGGUGGGACGUCUGAAAAUGACCCUUCAAAAAUGGUGAUGGUUCUGGCAGCCACCAACUUCCCUUGGGACAUUGACGAAGCUCUGAGACGUCGACUAGAGAAAAGAAUUUAUAUCCCUCUGCCCUCAGCUAAUGGCAGAGUGGAGUUGUUGAAGAUCAAUCUGAAAGAGCUGGACCUGGCUAAUGAUGUUGACAUGGACAAGAUUGCUGAGAAAAUGGAGGGAUACUCUGGUGCUGACAUUACCAACGUUUGCAGAGACGCAUCUCUGAUGGCAAUGAGAAGGCGGAUUGAGGGUUUGACCCCAGAGGAGAUUCGAAAUUUACCAAAAGAUGAGAUGCACAUGCCCACUACGAUGGAGGAUUUCAAGACUGCACUGACGAAAGUAUCCAAGUCUGUAUCUGCUGCUGACCUAGAGAAAUAUGAGAAGUGGAUAGCAGAGUUUGGCUCCUGCUGAUGGUGCCGGACACAUACUCGGGUUGAACAAUCUCCUUUGCUCCUGCUUACAAUCGACAUCAGUACUUUGAAUAGUUGAGGGCCUGUUUCAGGGGUCAGAUCCCUGUGCCCAGAUAGGUCUUGCCUUAAGGUUAUAUGUAAAAUAUUUAUUAGUUUGUAGUACUAGUAUACCACACUGACCAAAGACUAGCAACUAUUCACUGUUUAGUCACCAACUGCUACCUUAUUUUUGCUAAGAGCUAUGCACGUUACCAAGUUUACUGUUCCUUCUGUGCCAUUGUGUGGUUGACUUAAAGGCCAAAGUUACCAGCGUUGCACAAUUCUUCUGAGUCGUGAUGAUUAACAGACCAGAGUGUCUUAAAAGUAUGUUCGGCGCUUGAAUUUUAUAAACACUAUUGACUAGUUCUGGUUUUCUCUUAAUAAGUGACAUUCCUUUGCUAUGAUCAAUUUGUAAAAUUAUAUAUUUUGCUGAAUAAACAUUUUAAAACA